AUGUCUGACAACGAUAACACCGCCGUCGCCAAUGGCUCUUCUCCUCAGUUCACCGAGCGCGAGCUCCAGCUCCUCGGAUGGGCCAUGCAGUCCCUCAAGUCCGGUCCUCCAGAGAUCGACUACGAGAAACUCGCCGCGUACUCCGGUAUGACCAACCCGCGCUCCGCCAGUAACGCCUGGGCCAAGAUCAAGCUCAAGUUGAUGACACCCUCUCCCGACGGCGCCGUUCCGGCUACCCCCAAGAAGACUCCUCGCAAGAAGGCUGCUGCCGCCAAGCAGGAGGACGGCGAAGAGGGUGCCGACGCGACCCCUAAGAAGACCCCUCGCAAGCGUGUCGCCAAGAAGCAGGACGUCGACGGCGAGUCUUCCCCUAAGAAGAAGGCUACUCCCCGUGGCAAGAAGAACGAGACUGUCAAGGCAGAGUCUGACGAGGACGCUGACACCGGAGGCUCCCCCAUGAAGAUCGAUCCCGCCAAGGAGGAGAUCGUGGAGGAUGAAGUCUAA